AUGGCGCCUCUCAAAAGAUCUGAGGACCCGAUCUUGCCCACGCGUGGCAUGUCUGCAAAUUCUACAUUCGAGCUGACUCGCCUACCGAAAAGGCGCAUCCCCACGAUCAAGGAUGAACCGAAAGAAGAUGAUCCCCUGGAUAGGAGUGACUGGCAGCCCGAUAAGUCCAGCUAUUGGGAGCAGCACAAGCCGAUGAUAAGAAAAUUGUACAUCGACGAAAAGAGACCACUGCGAGAAGUGGUCGAGAUCAUGGAGAAGGAUUUUGGCUUCACAGCAACGCCAAAGAUGUAUAAGAGCAGAUUCCGAACCUGGGGAUGGCGGAAGUACAUUACACUCGACCCUGGUACAGACACCCGGAAAGUGCAAGACGUUAUUAAAAGCACGCUGUCAGAAGACGCCGGUGGUCAAAAGACCCAAAUUAUCCGCUUAGCCAAUGGGCAACUUGCCACUGUCGAUAUCAAACGGCUUCAGCAACAUAUAAGACGUAAACGACAACCCCAGGCCAGGCAGGCCCCGCUCACCAUCAGAAUCAACCAGCCCGACGUGUUCUACCACACCGAGGCAAUCUUCUACAGCGCUCGAACGCAUACCUUGAGUCGAUACGAGGGGAGACUCAACGGCACACGAGACACCUUCGACAUAUUCGCCUCCGAAGAGCCCAUAAUCGGCCGGUGGCUCAGGUUCACCGACGAGAUCCAGGGCCUCAUGAAGCAGCAGAACCUGAGCGGGGCCAUCGUGAAGAUGCGCCGGGCACCCGACGAGGUAGCCGCCAUGAUCAAGGCCGAGCCGACGGUCCUCCUGUCCAACCUCUUUAUGUAUAUCCUGAAAGUCGGCCACUAUACCGCCGUCACCCCCACCGAGUCGACACACGUCAGGCUGGUCGUGAAGUCGCUCCUGCAGUACGCCGCGUCCCUCCUGGCCUCCAGCUCGUCAGGCGCACAAGCCACACGCCAGCUGCACGACAUCGUCAGGGGGCUCGCCGCCGCCUCGGAGGGCGACCUGGGCGAGAUCGCGUCCAGGUCCUGGCUGGUGAUCCUGCAGUCCUGCGCCGAGAUAUCCGGCCUGGACCCCUCCGCCGCCGUGGCCGAGGGGUCCCUGAUGAAGUGGCUCGCGAGCGGCGGCCAGGGCGAGACCGACGGCUUCUGGUUCCUCGACAUCAUCCGGGGCAUCGUCGACGGCACGCUGGCCAGGCUCGAGGCGGCGUUCGGGAGGCGCGACUUCAGGUGUAUCGAGGUCCUGCACCGCAAGGCCUACCUGCUAAUCUAUGGGAACACGGUCAGGAGGCGGGAUUUCCGCCUGGACCCGAAGCUCGAGGCGCUGUACCUCGAAAUGCUGGAGCGGGGUGCCAAGGGAGCUUCGAGGGCUGGCGCUCUGAGAUUUCUCGCCGAGUUUUAUCAGGCACGCGGGGAAUUUAGUGUAGGGGAGCAUUACGCACAAUUGUCUACUGCAUCAAUGGAUGAUUAA